CCGGCUAUUUAAAGGCUAGUCUCGAGGUCUACAGCCAUCUUACUCCACCGAACGUCGCGCCGCCAACUUGCUCAACAUGAAGAUCGCUGUCUUCUUGGCCCUAAUCGCCGCCACGGGGGUUUAUUCCAAACAACCCAUGAUUUACGUGGCAUCAAGAGGCAUCAUUCCAACCACCUCCUUCAUGAGUACUUAUCUCAUGUUGCCUGAUGGUUCUUACAUUGCUGCCCCCAAGUCCUACGUUUCUGCUGCUGGUCCCAAGACAUAUUCUGAACUCAGCGCCACCAAGUUCUUUUUCACAGCUGUUGCGCCCAAGGCUUAUUCCGCUGGUGAAACUGCCAAGUUCUACUUCACUGCGGUCGCCUCUAAGGAUUAUUCUGCUGGUGAAGCUUCAAAGUUCUAUAUCACUGCUGUUGACCCCAAAGUUUUUCCUGCUGAAAAAGCCCCUGCAAAGUACGCUGCGGAGAACACCCCCAUGACCUACUCUACUGGAGAAGCUACGAUUACCAACACGGCAGAAAAUGCUCCCAUGACCUACCCUAUUGGUCAAUCUCCUAUUACAUACGCAGCUGGCAAUGCCCCCAUGACCUACCCAACUGUGGAAACUCCGAUGACUUACAGUGCAGAAAAUGCUCCCAUGACCUACCCUGAUGGAGAAGCUCCCAUUUCAGAAAAUGCUCCCAAAACAUUCCCUUCUACAAGAAAGAUUUCCUACACUCCAGGAAAAACCACCAUGACCUACGCCGCCGGCGAAACUCCUAUGAAAUACGAAGACGGAAAACCUUCGAUGACUUACAUUUCAGCAGAAGCUCCUAUGACCUAUGCUGAAGGAGAAGGUCCUAUGAAGUACCCUGCAGGAGAAGCGCCUAUGACCUAUGCUGCAGGAGAAGGUCCCAUGAAGUACCCUGCAGGAGAAGCUCCUAUGACCUAUGCUGAAGGGGAAGGUCCUAUGAAGUACCCUGCAGGAGAAGCUCCUAUGACCUAUGCUGAAGGGGAAGGUCCCAUGAAGUACCCUGCAGGAGAAGCGCCUAUGACCUAUGCUGCAGGAGAAGGUCCCAUGAAGUACCCUGCAGGAGAAGCUCCCAUGAAGUACCCGCGAAAUGAGGUCCCAAUCACUGCUGACGCUCCCAACAUUAUUCCGAGUUCAAAGGUUUGAUCUUUACCACCUACUCAUAAACCUGAUGCGAAACAGUCUCGUUUUCGUCAAGUCACUAGAUGAAAGGUGCUCACCCAACAUGUAAUUUAUGACGCAAGAUGCGUUCAAAAAUUCUCUGCUGUGAUCCGUUUGAAAGUCUACAAUAUAAAGCUUUUCUCCGAAAA